GGAAGGACACAGUGCGCCCAACGAGGGGGAGAGAGGAGACGCCAAGCGGUACUUAGAGGACUAGUGAUGUACACCAAACAUAGGCAGAAAAAGAUUUUCAUUAUAUCGACGGAAUGUGGACGUUCGAUAUUAUUCGUAUUUCUGCUUCUACUGAAUACCAUACUGGAAAAUGUGAGCGGAGAAAGCAGAGGACAAGCAGGGGAGCUCCGGGGACAGACCGUGGUGCCGCACUGGCUCUCCCGGACGCGGACCAGGUGGGAGGCCGGGAUCCCACUGCAGGCGCCGUUUCCUGACAGAGGGGAGAUCGCGCUGACAGCAGAGGGCAAGGGGCUGCUGCUGCAGUUGGAGCGAAAUCAUCAGCUCCUGGGGCGGGACUUCACAGAGACGCACUACGCUUCAGACGGCACGCCUGUGAUCCUCACUCCCAAUUACACCGAUCACUGUUACUACCACGGGCAUGUUAGCGGACACACAGACUCCUGGGUAGCCCUCAGCACGUGCUCCGGAAUAAGGGGUCUGAUCGUCGUGAACGCAAACAGCAGCUACUACAUUGAACCAGUCGGAGGGCUCAACGCUCCUCAACACAGACUCUACCGCACGGAGCAUGUGCCAGUCAGACGGGGCACAUGUGGACACGGCCACCAGAUGGGACCCCUGGACCCUGUCUCCAGUCUCCUUAAACCUUUGCAUCAAAGGGUGAGACGGGACACCUGGGGCACCACCAAGUACAUGGAGCUGUACAUCGUAGCCGACAGCACACUGUACAAAAGGCAAAAUAGGGACAUCAACAAAACCAAGCAGAGGAUCAUGGAGAUAGCCAAUUACGUUGAUAAGUUCUACAGGGCACUGAACAUCCGAGUUCCGCUGAUUGGACUAGAGGUGUGGACCGACCGCGAUCAGUGCAUCGUGAGCGAGGAGCCCAACGCUACUCUCUGGUCCUUCCUGCAGUGGAGGCAGAAGCUCAAGUCCCGCAAGAAGCACGACAAUGCCCAGCUCCUCACGGGGGUGAUUUUCAAAGGGACCACCAUCGGUAUGGCGCCCCUGGAAGGCAUGUGCAGUCACGAGAACUCGGGCGGCAUCAACGUGGACCACUCGGACUUGCCCAUCGGGGCGGCGGCUACCAUGGCCCACGAGAUCGGCCACAACUUCGGCAUGAGCCACGACAACGAGGGCUGCUGCAUGGAGGCUACGCCCGAGCAGGGAGGCUGCGUCAUGGCUGCUGCGACGGGGCACCCUUUCCCCCGCGUCUUCAGCCGCUGCAGUAAGAGGGACUUGGACAACUACUUCCAGAAGGGAGGGGGCAUGUGCCUCUUUAACAUGCCCAACAUGACGGACCUGGUGGGGGGCAAGAGGUGCGGAAACGGCUUUGUGGAGAAGGGCGAGGAGUGCGACUGUGGGGAGCCUGAGGAGUGUGAGAAUUCCUGCUGUAAUGCCAAUAACUGCACCCUGAAGGCGGGCGCUCAGUGUGCCCACGGCGUCUGCUGUACGGACUGCAAGCUGAAGCAGGCGGGCACCAUGUGCCGAGGCCCUGCGGGGGCAUGCGACCUGCCCGAAUACUGCACUGGCGCCUCUCCCUACUGCCCCUCCAACGUCUACCUGCUGGACGGCUCCACCUGCCAGUAUGGCCGCGCCUACUGCUACAACGGCAUGUGCCUGACGCACGAACAGCAGUGCCUACAGCUCUGGGGCCACGGGGCCCGUCCCGCUCACGAUGCCUGCUUCCAGGAUGUUAAUGCUGCAGGAAACGCCUUCGGGAACUGUGGCAAGGACGGCCAAGGGAACUACAUGAAGUGUCAGAAGAGCGAUGCCAAGUGCGGCAAGAUCCAGUGCCACAGUGCCGCCAAGAAGCCCAAGGGUACCAAUGCGGUGUCCAUCGACACCACCAUCCACACCAACGGCAUGGAGAUCAAGUGCCGCGGCACCUAUGUCUACGCCACCCAGGACGGGCAGGGUGACCUUCCUGACCCUGGCCUGGUUAUGACCGGUACCAAGUGCGGCGAGGGCAAGGUGUGCCGGGACCGCCGCUGCCAGAACGCCUCGUUCGCGGAGCUGGAGCAGUGCAUCGCUCGUUGCCACGGACACGGGGUGUGCAACAGCAACAAGAACUGCCACUGCAGCCGCGGCUGGGCCCCGCCCUUCUGCGAGAAGCCAGGCCUCGGGGGCAGCGUGGACAGCGGGCCCGUCCAGUAUGACAGUCAACUGGGCAUGGUGGUAGGGCUGCUAUUUGCCUUCCUGGUCCUACUGCCCGCUGUGCUCAUAGCUUUCUACUGCUACAAGACUAAGACCUCCAUGUUCCACAAAUGGCUGGCCCAGAGGGAGAAGAACAGGGGAAACAGGAAAGACGCGUCUGAGCAGAAGGUAAAGAACGGACACCUGAACCCGGCGUUCCACUUGAAGGUAGUCGGGUCGUCCGGAAAAAACAGCAUCAACAACAAGAAGCUGCCUCACACCAGCAAGGAGGUCCUGCCACUCAGACCCGCCCCCGCCAGCACUCAGCCAAUCAACAUUGUCCGCCCGCUGCGUCCCGCCCCCGCUCCUUCCCCCUCCCCCCACUCCCAGCGUGACCUCAGAGUUCCCCGCCCGCCCCUGCCCAUGGGCAAACCACCGGCUGCUCCCCCAAAAUCCCCGGCUCACCCGCACAAACUCAACCCACCCAAGAAGCCCCUACCGGUCAGCCCAGCGCGAGCACCAUUGCUGGUGUCGGAGUCCCAGCCCAGGCACUCGCCGUCCCCCCCCCAGAGGCCCCUCCCCAUGAGCCCAGCCCGGGGGGGUCUGCCCAAACCCUCGGGUGGCCUGCUGGUGAUGAUGCCUCCUGCUGUGGGACCCAAACCGGUGGUCAAGGUGUCGGCCAUCUCCCCUCUCAGAGUGCUCAGACCCGGCCCACCAAAUAAGCCUGUCCCGGGAGUGAAACCAAACGCAGCCUCAUCUCCUUUCCGAAAAUGACCCUCGUAGGAGAGGGGUGGAGAGGAAAGGACUAUUUGCACUAUAAAGCCCAUGUUGGAGAGCCGGUAGAAAGCGAGGCUGUCCACCAGAGGGCCCCAUCGAGACAGGGGUGGCCGAGAGGCAGGCCUCUACUUCUCUGGCACCUGUCUUUGCAAGGCAACCCAUGUUAUAUUCUGAGCCGGCCACGCCCGGCUCAUAAGAAGACAUGGAUCUGCAUUGGCUGCAGAUCAAAGGGGCGGAGCUCAGGCAGGCUGUCGUCACGCGGGGAUCCUACUUUGCUCGAUGGGCCCAACACGCCAUAUGUAUAACCACAGCAUUUUUUCAAACUUAUAACUGUUGUCCGAUUGUUUGUUUUUCAGCUGUAUGUGUAAUGUGCCAAAGAGUUCAGCGCCUGUUUGUUUGUUUUGCGCUUUUCAUUGCUGUAUGAAUUUGGGGGGAAGAAUAUUCCAGAAUCUUACUUUCAUAUUUUAUAAAUAUUUCAGGUGACGGCCUCUUUUCCACACCCUUAAAGAAAGCAUCAAACAGGCUCCAUGUCACCUGACAUUCUGUUCUUACAGUGUCUCUGUCUAGCUCAGGAUGCUGAUUUGUAUUACAAGGACACGUAAAUUUAGGAGAGUCACAGCCAGUUUUCUCCACGUUAAAACAUCCGUACAACCGGGAGGCUUCAUCUGAAAAUGUUUGCAGAGCAACUGGCGUCAACGUUUCCUUCAAAGCUAGCACGUAAAUUCUGGAAAAGUAGCGAUCUUAUUCAUACGUGCUGGUAACGGAUCUCUACCUCAGUCUACCACAUUAACAUGUGGUUUUAGCCCCGGCAGUGAAGAUGAGCGCAGUCAGCGAAAAUGUCGUAAAACUCAUUCCAGACGUACGGUAAUCUCAUUAAACGUGUCCUGUUCGUUUACCCCUCUGUGAUUUAUAACCGAUCGGAUCGGACCAAAAAAACGCUCUUCGCCUGAUAGCGCGGCCGUGACGAUCGUAUUUGGUAGUCUGCUCUACAGGCAGCUCCCUUCAAAAAAUGAAGGAAAAAAACACGCCAAACGCCACAAAAAACGACAGCUGUCGCCCAUCGGUGAGAUAAGAAGUUUGAAGUUUGCCUUUUUCAAACAUGGCUUUCUGCAGUUACGAUCAUGGUUUGAGGGAACUGCUGGAGUUCAAUUUAUUCGUUCCCACACAAUCUCUCCUCCCGCUGAGUUGAGAUGAAUUGGAGUCAUUUAAUCUGGCUACAUAGUUUUUAUUGCCAUACGUAGAUAUGCAUUAUCACAGAUCCUGUCUAUGGCAAAACCUUUAAUUCCCCCGCCCCCCCUUGCUUUUUGGCUUAGGAAAAGAGGCAGUAUUAGGGUACUUCAGCAUUUUUUUAAGAUUACUUUAUUUAUUUUUUUACUUUUAUAACAUUAACACCCCACCGCAGUGUGUACAUCCCUUUCCAAGUGCGGUACACUUUUCUUUUUUUCUGACAUGUCGAACCAGCAACAAAGGGUCCUGAUGAAAAGGAAAGGAUCAAUUGGGUGGAAUCUGCUUUGAGCCUGAAGUGAGAAUGUUCAAGAAUUACUGCUUCAGCACAGACAGAAAGAUUCAUUACCCACACACAUCACGCUGAAACAGAACAAGACAAUAAUGACCUCUAAUGGACAUCAGCCGUAAUUAUAAAGGUAUACAUACAAAAAACUAAAAUAAGUAAAUCUCAACAAGUAUUUUAGUCUUAAAUUUAGACUUUUUUUGUUUACUUUUUUGCUAAAUAACACAAAAAUAUUUUCAAGUCAGUUUGACUAAUUUCAAGACAAGACAAGAAAAAUUCACAUGUCAAACAAAUAGUAACUUAAAACAAGAUAAUAUUUUCUUACUUGAGAGACAAUAAAUAAGAUCCUGAGUCUUAAUUCAAGGCUAAAAUGCUUGUUAAGACGGUCAUUUUCUGCCAUGUACAUUUUCGAUCUGAUCUGCCGUUUUUUAGCUGCCUUUUAUUUCAUCGUUUCAGUGUGUUUCAAAAUGGCAUUUCCACAAAUCAUCUGGGUGAUCUGCUAUAAGAAAAUUAUUUGUUGUGAAAGCCUUAUUUAGGAGGCCAUGCUAAGCCAUUUUGGUUUGAGAUUUUUUAAAUGUUCUGCGUGCUCUGGCCUCGGCCUUCAUGUUUUUUUUUUUUUUAACUGGAGUGUAUCUGUAUAAUUGUAAAUGAAAAUGUUUUUUAUUGUUUUUUAAAUAUCAGCGCAGUUAAACACACAUCAAUUUCUUGGUUGGCUGGCUUACUAAUAAUUAUGUCUUUUGAAAGAAAUGCGUUCACUUUGUGGAAAGUUAACUUAAUUCCCCAUGUGAAUUUCACAGUGACAAAACAAGACAGUUUAGGAAAUUUUUAUGUGUAGAGUAUGUCACUUGUUUAGACCAAGUGGCCUCCGACUAGUCAUGGUGCAUGAUAAAAAAAAGAAAAAAAAAGAGUUUGGCAACCUGAA